GCACUACCGAACCAAGCCGCCACUCUUGCAUCGCUUCUCAGCUACCAGUUCGUUUUCUUAACUUUGACUCCUGUGCAAGCUUUGUGUGUGUACUCUCCAGAGGCCCGCCUCUCGCUCACUCUCUCUCUCAGAAAUUCUGUCAAACACUAGAUAAUCAAGUUAGCAGAAACUGCUUUGAAAUGAUCGUAGUAUGCUAACUGCUAAGGCAAAUGAGAAGAACUGAUUGAGCUCGCAUUUAUCUAUGUGCUUGAGUGCCAUGGAGUUUUCAUCUCGUUUUAAUCUUGGGGUUCGGAGGUCAUGUGCAACUAUUUGGUUAUGGAUGGCUUUGGUGCUUCUGCUGCAUAAUAGUAGAGGGGUAGUCUCAGAUUCCAAGUAUUCGAUUGGGCUUGGAAGCUAUGACAUUACAGGACCUGCAGCUGAUGUUAAUAUGAUGGGAUAUGCUAAUACAGAACAGAUCGCAUCCGGGAUUCACUUCAGACUGCGAGCUCGCACUUUUAUUGUUGCGGAGCCUGAAGGGAACCGGGUAGUAUUUGUUAAUCUUGAUGCUUGCAUGGGUUCACAACUUGUAACAAUUAAAGUGAUUGAGAGGUUGAAGGCCAGGUAUGGAGACUUAUAUACAGAAAAGAAUGUAGCUAUUAGUGGAAUUCACACUCAUUCUGGCCCUGGGGGCUAUCUCCAAUAUGUUACGUAUAUUGUAACAUCUCUUGGAUUUGUACGCCAGUCAUUUGAUAUCCUUGUUGACGGGAUUGAGAAAAGCAUUAUACAAGCUCACGAAAAUCUCCGGCCAGGAUCAAUUUUUGUAAGCAAGGGACAGCUCUUAGAUGCUGGUGUCAACCGCAGUCCUAGUGCUUAUCUUUAUAAUCCCGCAGCAGAGCGUAGUAAAUAUAAGUAUGAUGUUGACAAGGAAAUGACCCUUUUGAAGUUUGAAGAUGAUGAGUGGGGUCCAGUUGGUAGCUUUAAUUGGUUUGCAACUCAUGGAACUUCUAUGAGUCGUACAAAUUCAUUGAUAAGUGGGGAUAACAAAGGCGCUGCUGCAAGAUUUAUGGAAGACUGGUUUGAGCAGAAUGGUAUUGGAAGCUCAUAUUCUGAUAAAUUUGGAGCUGAUGGAAUCCCAUGGAGAGUCUCAAACAUAAGUCCUGACGUUCAUGAUAACCACCAUGAGUUACUGGAGCUCGCUGCAUUCUUCCAGUCUCCUCCUGGCAGACCAGCAGCCAGCAUUCCGAGUGUUGCUACACGUGUCAGGAGUGCUCUCAGGCAAGAUAACAAGCCUGCAUUUGUAUCUGCUUUUUGUCAAUCGAACUGUGGUGAUGUUAGCCCAAAUGUUCUUGGCGCAUUCUGCACAGACACUGGGCUACCUUGUGACUUCAAUCACAGUACAUGUGGUGGGAAGAAUGAGUUGUGCUAUGGCCGAGGACCAGGUUACCCUGAUGAAUUUGAAAGUACACGUAUUAUUGGAGAGAGGCAAUUCAGAAAGGCUGUAGAGCUUUUUAACAAAGCAUCUGAACAGUUAGAGGGGAAGGUUGAC